AUGCUCCGCAAACGCCAGAAACCUGCUGCUGAAGCCUCAGAGACGGCUUCUACAGAGAGUCCUGCAGGAGACGAGAUGACUUCAGCGAGCGGGUGGAUGUUCUUUGCUGUUGCGAGCGGUGCUUGUGCUGCUUUCAAUGGCGUCUUUGCCAAGCUGACAACCACGGAGCUUACCACGACCUUGUCCAACUGGAUCGCUCAACUCCUUGGUCUCUCUUCUGUUGAGCACAUUGUUGAAUAUGUUGUUCGAGCUCUCUUCUUCGCCCUUAACCUCACCUUCAACGGCGUCAUGUGGACGCUCUUUACAAAGGCACUUGCCCGUGGCACAUCUACCACGCAGGUCUCCAUCAUGAACACUUCGACCAACUUCAUGGUCACAGCCCUUCUCGGCGCCCUCAUCUUUUCAGAGGCCCUACCGCCUCUGUGGUGGGCUGGUGCUGCUCUGCUCGUCGCCGGCAAUGUCAUCGUGGGUAGAAAGGACGAGACCAAGGAUGCUGCUGAGGGACCUGCGUAUGCUCCUGUUCCAGAGGAGGAAGAGGAUGCCAGGAAGAAUGAUGAUGAGGAUAUCAUCGACCUGGGCAGGCUAUCUGAUGAAAGGUCGCGAUAG